AUGUCGAACCUUCAGGCCUCAAAUUUGUUCUCGGUUCAGGGCCGGGUCGCGGUGAUCACCGGUGGAGGCAGCGGACUGGGCCGCAUCAUGGCCCGCGCCCUGGCCAUCAACGGUGCCUCCAAAGUCUUCGUCCUCGGCCGCCGUGAAGACGCCCUUCGCGAAACUGCCACCCAGGCGCCGUCCGGUAUCGUCAUCCCGGUUCAAUGCGACGUAACUUCGAAAGAGUCCCUGGAGUCAGCGUACUCCGCCGUCGCGGCACAUACAACCCAUGUGGAUAUCCUGUUCGCCAACAGUGGCAUCAUGGGUCCGAAGAUGCGCGAGACUCCGAAGUCGGACGGAUCCGUACCGUCUCUAUCCGAGGUCCGCGACGCGUUGUUUUCCAUCCCGAUGGAGGAGUUCACCAAGGUCAUGGAUGUGAAUGUGACGGGAGCAUACUACACUGCUUUGGCGUUUCUGCCCCUUCUUGAGGCCGCCAACAAGAGACGGCCUGCUGCGCAAGUUGGCGUCAUGUCUGCACCGACUGCUCAGGUGAUUAUCACAAGCUCCAUUGCGGGCUUCAACCGCAAGGUGCCUUUCAGUUAUGCCUAUAACGUGUCUAAGGCUGCCGUGACCCAUCUGGUCAAGGCAUUGUCGACCAAUCUUUUACCCUACCACAUCCGUGUCAAUGGCAUCGCCCCUGGAUUGUAUCAUUCCGACAUGGCCGACCAGAUCUUCAAGGACGGAGGAGUCGCGGGCGGCGGGGUCUCGGAUGGCUCACACCCGGCCUCUUUGAUUCCCCUGACUCGUAGCGGAAGUGAGGAAGACUUUGCUGGUCUGAUCAUCUGGAUGUCCAGUGCCUCUGGUGGCUAUAUCAAUGGUGCCAUGAUGCUUACCGAUGGUGGCCGUACUGCAUCGGUGCCGGCCACUUAUUGA